ACACUAGGCCUGGGCGGCCAUAACGCAGCGAUGAGAGUUCCUCUCCCUGAGUUGGACCAGCAGAGGGCCCUGGAACAGAGUGAGGAGGGAAAUUUCUCUCUGUUUGACGGCUCCCUUUUCUCCUUGCUCUCCCCCCGCCCACCCCCUCAGCUUCCUCGGUCAGAGAAGCCUGAAAGACCGGGGGAGGGGGGCUCUCCUUUCCUCCAUGUCAACGUUGGGAAGGAGAAGGCACGAUUCGAGCUCGACGGUGGGAGCGGCAGCAGGAUCCGGAUUGGAGAAAGAGCCCGCGGAAGGCGAGGUUGGAGCUAACAAGGUUCCAAAGGUCCCGACCGAGAGACUCGAAAAGGAUCAGGACCUCUGCACAAAAACUAAAGGGGGGGAGAUCCUUCAAUGGAGUCUCCGCCUCCAUGGUUGUCGGUCUCUUUUGAAACUGGGAUUGAGAGGAGCGGUACUCAGGUUGGUGCGGAGGGAGGGAGCCUUCUUGUGUCCUGUGUUUCCCCCUACUCCAUCUCGAAAAAAUAUACCUACCAAACCGAAAUAAAGAGGACUGUUGUGUAGCCCAAUCGUAUGUACGUUUUCUCGGAAGUAAACCCCACCGAGUUUACCCACGGAAGUGUGUGAAGAACGUGUGCAUAAAGUUAUGUACCUUCAAGUCGAUUACGACUCAUGGCGACCCUAUGAAUCAUCGACCUCCAAGAGCAUCUCUCAUGAACUACCCUGUUCAGAUCUUGUGAUGGGCCUGUGAGUGAGGUGAAGGGUAUGCAUACUCCAAAUGAAAGCCUACAGCACCAGGAGGAACCAGAAAUAUCACUGGGAUCAGCCAAAGAGAAAAUCUCCAUGCUUCGCCAUCAGGAGAAUGGUGCUCAAAGUCGGCUUGGAUAUCUCUCCAAGAAAAUGGCUGGGGAAUCGUCUUGUGGUGCAGUCUAUAAAGACUUCAACAAAACUAUUGAGCACCAGAGAACCCACAGUGUAGGUGCAGGGGAAGGGGUAGUCACUAAAAGUGAGAAAAACUGUGGCCGGGACUCAUUCAUUGUUCCCUGUGAUGAAGCCAACGUUGCUGAGAAGCUUCACAAAUGUUUGGAGUGUGGCAAAAGCUUCCAUUAUCGAUCAAACCUUGUUGCGCAUGAGAGGACCCACACAGGAGAGAAGCCGUUCCCGUGCUUGCAUUGUGGGAAACGGUUCCGCUUGAGCUCCCAUCUCUACAGGCAUCAGAAGCUGCACACGGCUGAGCAGCCAUACACAUGCGCAGAGUGUGGGAAGCUCUUCCGCCAUAAAGCCAGCUUCGAUGCACAUCAGAGAGCCCACACAGGAGAGAAGCCGUUUGCCUGUCUGGAGUGUGGGAAAAGCUUCACUCAUCAGUCAGGCCUUAUUUUACACAAAAGAAUCCACACAGGAGAAAAACCUUAUGCUUGCGCCAGGUGUGAGAAAAGCUUUGUCGAUCGGUCGACUUUGGUGGCACAUGCGAGGGUCCAUAUGGGUGGAAAGCCCCAUAAGUGUUCUGAGUGUGGGAAGACCUUUGUUCACAAGUCACGUCUUAUUGUCCACGAGGAGACCCACACAGGAGAGAAGCCGUACAAAUGUUCAGACUGUGGCAAAAGCUUCAGCUUGAGCUCGGCCCUCCUCACGCACCAGCAGAUCCACAUUGGGGAGAAGCCGUACCACUGCUCAGACUGUGGGAAAAGCUUUGUCCAGCGAGGAAACCUUGUGGCUCAUGAGAGAACCCACACAGGAGAAAGGCCAUACAAGUGCCCAGACUGUGGAAAACGCUUUAUUGUCAGCUCGAGCCUCAGAACGCAUCACAGGACCCACACAGGAGAGAAGCCCUACAAAUGUUCCGACUGCGGGAAGAGCUUCAGCCAGAGUUCGGUUCUGAUGAGGCACCGGAGGAUCCACACAGGAGAGAAGCCGCACAAAUGCUCUGAUUGCGGGAAAUGCUUCUCUCAGAGGUCGAGCCUCAUUUCACAUGCACGAACCCACACGGGAGAGGCGCCCUGUUGACCGUAAGGAAGGGAAUGAAAGAGAGAGAUUUUUCUCCCUCUCUCAUGAUACAUGGAACAUCCCGUGAAGCUAGAUGUUGGGAAAUUCAGGACAAGCAAAAGAAAAUACUUCUUCACGCAGUGCAGAGCUAACCCAUGGAAUUCGCUUCCACAAGAGACAGUGGCGGCCACCAACUUGGAUGGCUUUAAAAGAGGAUUAGACAAAUUUAUGGAGGAGGGAAUCACGAGUGGGGAGACCUGCUGUUACGCUCAGGUCCUGCUUGCGGGCUUCCUAUUGGGACAUCUGGCUGGCCGCUAUGAGAACAGAAUGCUGGACUAGAUGGGCCUUUGGCCUGAUCCAGCAGGAAUCAUCUUACAGAUUUAUAUUUACCAGAAUAAUAUAAACUGUGAUGAAGUAUUCUGUGGUGUUAUUGUAAUUUUUAGCUUCCUGGAGGCUUGGAGAAACAAGCCACAUCUGCACUAUGAUUUAAAGCAGUAUCAGACCACUUUAAACAGUCACUGCCUUCCCCCCUGCAAAGAAUCCUAAGAACUAAAAUUCCCAGAGUUCCCUGGGAAGAGGGAUUGUUUGUUAAACCACUCUGGAAAUUGUAGCUCUGUGAGGAGAACAGAAGUAACAACUCUCAGCAUCCUUCAUAAACUACAGUUCCCAGGAUUCUUUGGGAGAAAGCCACGACAGUUUAAAGUGGUAUGAUAUUGCUUUAAAUGUAUAGUGCAGGUGGGACCCAAGUCUUGUUUAAAGAUUUGUUGUUGUUGUUGUUGUUGUUCUUGUGUGCCUUCAAGUCGAUUAUGACUUAUGGCUACCCUAUGAAUCAGAGAUUUCCAGCAGCAUCUGUCGUGAACCACCCUGUUCAGAUCUUGUAAGUUCAGGUCUGUGGCUUCCUUUAUGGAAUCAAUCCAUCUCUUGUUUGGCCUUCCUCUUUUUCUACUCCCUGCUGUUUUCCCCAGCAUUACUGUGUUUUCUAGUGAAUCAUGUCUUCCCAUAAAGUGUCCAAAGUAUGAUAAGGAACCAUAAAAAGGUAGAGUGCAAGCCUUGCAAGCAGCACCUGGUCAGCAAAGUGAACAGGCACACAAGUUGUCUGGGUUUUUUUGUGGCACUUCAAGACUUCCCCCAGAAAAUUGUCUUUUUAAAAAAAAAAUUUUUAAAUUAUUGACUUACUGGCGUCCUACUGUGAUGCGUUUGUGGCCCCUCAAAUUUGUCAAUUGAAUUUAUUUUAAUGAUUGCUUUCAUAGGCCCCUCGCUGUGAUAUUAUGAUGGCAAAAUGUUUUCUGCUUCAUUUAAAUGCUGUCCAAAAUUAUUUUUUAAAAAAAAUGAUGAUUGUUAACUGACUGCUUGUGUCCCCCAAUUUGUCUUUUAAAAAAUUGUUUUUUUAAAAAGUGUUUUUUCUGGCCACUCCCAGAGGUCUCCUGCUGCCAAAAGCUUUUGUGACCCCCCAAAAACAUUGUCUUUUAAAAAAAGUAUACUAAAUGUAAUAAUGAAUUGUUUAAAAUAGUGUAGGUAGCCUGGAGAACUGCACUUGUAGCCACACCUAUUUUCACACUUUGGCCAUGCCCCUUUUUACAUGGGAAGGCUGAUCAUAGGACAAUGCAGCUCUUGGCCUGAAAAAGGUAAGCAACCCUUUGGAUUUGUUGUUGUUGUACCCAUUUUACUUUCAUAGUUUUUUAUGUACACUAAUACAAAAUGAAAGCAAAAUCAAACCAAAUAAGAAAUGCCCAAAUAUUUUGGGCAUUUCACUGGUAGGGAUAGGAGAGAAGUUUGAUUCAGCUUGUAUUUAAAGGUGAACCUAACUUGCACUUUCCAAAACAGUACAACAAUCAAAAUACAGCCAUCCUUUGAAAUUUGCACUCCUCUGAAUCUUGCAAUGCUCCAGCCCAGUCACUGGUACAAAAAUGUAUACAUUGGGCUAAAGUAUCUAUAAAUAUGCAUAUAUUAGUGAAGACAACAUACAAAUAUGCAAAAUCUUGGGGAAAAGUGCCCUGCAAAAGUAUGUCUAUUAGGCAAAAUUGCAUACCAACAUGUGUAUAUUAGGAGAAAUUCAUGAAAAAGCUGCUGGAUUUGCAUGAGGACUUAAAAAAAUGGAAACUGAUGUGGAAAUGGGGAGAACCAAAUUUAAGACUGGAAAAAAUAAACUUAUGGGAACAUGGCAGGAUGCACACGGGAGAGAGAUCAUAGAAUUGCUCAGACUGGGAGAAGAGCUUCUUGCAAAAGCGUUACCUGAUGAUACACAAGAGGAUGCACAGAGAAGAGAACCCAUACAGAUGCCUGCACUGUGGGAAAUGUUUCCCUAAGAAUUCCAAAGUUGCAAUACAUGAGAGAAUCCACACUGGAGAGAAUCCAUUCAUUUGCUCCGAGAGUGGGAAGGGCUUCAACCAGAAGGGAAACCUCAUGACCCACAUGUGUUUACACACAGGAGAGAAACUAUAAAAGUGUGCCUAAUCAUCAUUUAUCAAGGUGAGUGUGUUUCUCCCUCACAAAUUCCAUUCCAAAAUUCUGGAAAUUUUUGCACCU